AAAGCUUCGCAAUCACCGCACCACCAGCCGGUGAUAUUUAAGAGUCAAAAGUCAUAACUCUUGACGUUCGCCGGUCAACGCCACCUGAUGUACAAGUGUACAACUUCCAUUGUGAUGAUCCUCCCAUUGCUCCUGCUCCACCUCUCAUCUUGUUUGGCCACGCUCCGUUAAAGUUAACGUCGUUAGCUCCUACUACACUACUAAAACCAAAAUAAGUCCUGCCUCCUGGCAUUUCAUGCUCUCUAGUCUCUGUUCUCUUUCUCCCAAAGAAUGCAAGUGAGAAAACUUGAAAACCUGACGUGGAACAAGAAAUGAAGACCUUUUGCAUAUUUCUUGUUGUAUUUUCGACGGUUGCACCGGUGGAAUCUGCAUGCAACAGUACAGACCAAGAGCUGGUCUCAAAGGCUUUCAAAUCAGUUUCUGGAUUCAAUAUUUCUUUGCUUCAUUCUGUGGAUUUGAACUGUUCAAGGAUAAACCUUUCGUCCAGAAAUCUAAGCGGCAGCAUCUCAUGGAUGUUUCUCAGGAAUAUUUCACAGCUGCAGAGUCUUGAUCUCUCCGGGAACUCCCUGGAAGGGUCUGUGCCACGUUGGCUUUGGUCCCGUCCGAACUUGAUACGCGUUGAUUUGUCCAGGAACUGGUUCGGAGGGAGCGUUGGAAUUGAACAACCCACCAAGAGAAACGGUUCGUUCUCGUCGGUUCAGGAGCUCAAUUUGUCGACCAACAGGUUCACCAACAUGUUUCCGCUCUCUGUUUUUCGGAAGCUCAGAGUUCUUGACCUUUCGCGUAACAGUCUCGGAACUCUGCCUUCUGGGUUCGCCAACCUCACCAAGCUAGAGCACCUCGACAUUUCAAGCUGCAAAAUUUCAGGCAAUAUCAAACCCAUUUCGUUUCUUCCAUCGUUGAAGCAUUUGGACUUGUCCAACAACUCCCUGAACGGUACUUUCCCUUUAGAUUUCCCUUUAGAUUUCCCUCCACUCAGUGGCCUUAUUUUCUUGAACAUUUCGCUUAACAACUUCACCGGAGAAGUUAGCCCAGCUACGUCCCUGAAAUUUGGCAAAUCGGCGUUCAGUCAUUCUGGGAUUUCCAUUUUGAUUAAUACAACAAAAACGCCAAGAAUUCAUAUUCCACCUCCCAGACCCCUCCAAAAACUCCACCCCAUAAACAAACACACAAGUACUAGAAAACCCAAAUCUUCCAAAACCAAACCUCUGGUUCUAGGCCUAUCAUGUGCGUCUGCAGUUGUCGUUGUUUUCAUGGCCAUUUGUAUAGGUUUGUUGUACAGAAGGAAAACAGCGGCGAGAAAGAACAAGUGGGCAAUCUCCAAACCGGUCCAGUUGCCGUUCAAGUACGAGAAAUCAGGGCCGUUCUCAUUCGAGACCGAGUCAGGGACAUCAUGGGUGGCCGACAUCAGAGAACCAACGUCGGCCCCAGUGGUGAUGUUCGAGAAGCCCCUGAUCAACCUGACCUUCAAGGAUCUGAUCGCCGCCACGUCACACUUCGGCAAGGAGUCCCAGCUCGCAGAGGGCAGGUGUGGGCCCGUCUACAGAGCUAUCCUCCCCGGAGACCUCCACGUGGCCAUCAAGGUUCUCGACAAAGCCAGGGACGUCGAUCUCCGUGACGCCGUUUCCUUGUUCGAACACCUUUCCCGGCUUAAACACCCCAACCUCUUGCCUCUCUCCGGUUACUGCAUUGCAGGGAAAGAGAAGCUGGUGUUGUACGAGUUCAUGUCCAACGGUGACUUGCACCGGUGGCUCCAGGAGCUGCCAACCGGGGAGCCAAACGUGGAGGACUGGAGCGGAGACAUGUGGGAGAUCCAAAACUCCACUGGGUCCCACCUCUCCUCUCCGGAGAAAUUGCUCUGGCUCACGCGCCACCGAAUCGCUGUGGGCGUAGCGCGUGGGCUCGCGUACCUCCACCACAACGCCGGGUCCAAGCCCGUGGUCCACGGCCACCUGGUAGCCUCCAACGUCUUACUCUCCGAAAAUUUCGAGCCCCGAAUCGCGGAUUUCGGGUUCCGAAAUAUCGGGAUGCGAGACUCGGACAUCGAGAACUGUAGCACCGAGACGGACGUGUACUGUUUCGGGGUGGUGCUGAUGGAGCUGCUGACGGGGAGGGUGGGGUCCGCGGAGACAGUGGUUUGGGUCCGGAGGCUGGUGAGGGAAGGGCUGGGUUCGGACGCUCUGGACCCGAGGCUGCGAGUCGGAGGGGACGACUCGGUGGGCGAGAUGGUGGAGAGCCUCCGAGUCGGGUACUUGUGUACGGCCGAGUCACCUGGGAAGAGGCCCACAAUGCAACAGGUCCUGGGCCUGCUCAAGCACAUACACCCCACCGCACCUACGGUGGACUUGAGCUGAGUCGACUCGACUCGCCUCGCCUCGUCGGCGCUUCAAGUGUUUCACCCUCCCCCCACGGCCCCCCCCCGCUAUUUCAAAGCGCGCACAAAACGUGAGCUUACGUGUUUGUCGAGUUUGAGGCGAUGGUCUGCACGCGCUUUGGCGGCGCGUGGUUUUAGCAGUUGAAGUUAUUAUUGGACCAUGUUUUAUUUUCUUGUCUCUCUAGGAUUUAUUUCUGAUUUUUUUUUUUGGUGAUGUAUAGUCAUAAAUUAAAGAUAGAGAAGAAAAAAAAAGUGGGACAAAUGGAAGUGGGGUCGGUGAGGUUGAGAUGGGCAAAGAAUGGCAGAGAAUCCCACUUAUUGCUUGUCUCUUAUGUGAGGGUUUCCAAUCAUUUAUCCUUUUUCUUUAUUUUUUUGGCAUAGCUAAUAUCUUUUUCUUUUUCUU